CGGUGCUAGAGACGAACUGGCAGAGUGAGUGUCCGAGGACGGAAUGCUUUCUGAUGCAUGCCCAAGCUAACCCGACAGCCACUGGAUCUCAUGAAACAGAAGUCCUUGUGAAAGCAUACACCAAACUCAAAUAUAUGAAAAGCCAGAGAAACAUCUCAGAAUUCAUUCUUCUGGGACUUUCCUACGACCAGAACAUACAAGUAUUUUGCUUUGUCCUCUUCUUAGUCUGUUACGUCGCCUUGUUGGCAGGAAACCUGCUGAUCCUCGUCUCCAUUCGAUGUAGCCCUCUUUUUCACCAACCCAUGUACUAUUUCCUCAGCCACUUAUCCUUAAUAGACAUCUGCUAUACCUCUACUGUUACACCCAAGUUAAUUGCUGACCUGCUGGUGGAAAGAAAAACCAUUUCCUAUAGUAACUGCAUGUUACAGGUGUUUACAAUGCACUUCUUUGGAGGCACCGAGAUCUUCGUUCUUACCGCCAUGGCCUUUGAUCGCUAUGCUGCCAUCUGCAAACCUCUCCACUACGUGAUUGUCAUGAACAGGACAAGAUGCAAUCUGCUAGUCGUAGCUGCCUGGGCUGGUGGGGCCGUCCAUGCCUUCCCUCUCUUUUCUACCGCGAUUGGUUUGCCCUUCUGUGGUCCUAAUGAAAUUGAUCACUACUUUUGUGAUAUUUUUCCUUUGCUAAAAGUUGCCUGCACCGACACCUACGUCACUGGUAUCCUUGUGAUUGCCUUUUCAGGUCUGGUCGCCUUAGUCACCUUUAUUGUCUUAUUUGUUUCUUAUGGUAUUAUCUUAUUCACUUUAAGAAAUCUCUCAGCUGAGGGAAGACGCAAAGCCCUCUCCACCUGUUGGUCUCAUAUCACUGUGGUCGUCUUAUUUUUUGGACCAGUAAUCUUUAUCUACCUUAGGCCACCUACUACUUUUCCUGAGGACAAAAUAUUUGCUCUAUUUUACACGAUCAUUGCUCCUAUGUUCAAUCCCUUAAUCUACACUCUGAGAAACUCAGAGAUGAAAAACAUGAUGAGGAAAGUUUGGUGUCACACAUUAUUUUCAAAGGAAACACACAAUUAA